GAUCGGAAAUGGUGCUCGAACAACAUGGUAGAAAUGUGAUGUUAGUAUCGGGGCGCUAGCUAAAUUUACAGGGUUACAUAAAGGGUGUUAAAGAAGUCAUUUGCUCCAGAACUGUAGAAAACAUACCGAAAUACAAUUACUAUUUUAUUGUACACAUGUAGCUUUCUUUUUGGGUCAACUAAUGUCUAAAAUCGGCACCUGAAAUGUCUAAACCCGCACUAUCAUCACUUCACCAAGCGCUGAGGAAAAGCUUCAAGACUCUAGAAAACAAUCAGACCGUAUGGAAGAGUGUGUUGGCCGAGUGCAGCCCUCUAAUGGUGUCUCUCGGGAAUUUGGCAGAGCAGUCCAGAGCGCUGUCCAACGUCCAAAUCUCCAACACACCGCUCAGAGAUUUCCCUGAUCUGGAGGAUCGACUGCGUUUUAAGCUCUUACAAGCCACAGAUACCGUACUGGGCAAACUCAACGAGAAGAUGUCUUCUCUCCAGUCUGUCCGAGAUGCCAUCAGUAACCAGGUCUCUGCAGUCGUCCAGCUGUUUGAGCAGAACACAGACAGUCUGGAUGUGCUUGCUGUAACUGAGCGCUCAGCCACCACCCCGUCUAUCGCUGACAUGCUGGAGUGGCUGCAGGAUGCUGAGCGUCACUAUCGGCAACAAUUUCUGAGGAGGAAAACUCUGCUUCAGACACUGAGACCAGACAAUAUCUCCCUUUUAGAAUCUGCUCCCAAGAGAUGGAAAUCCUUAGAGUCUCCCAGUGCAGAAGACUGCAUCACAGAUACACUUUGCAAGGUGUCCUUCUUCAUGGAGUCUCAAUGAAGGAUCGUAAGCUUGACUCAGACCAGCUUGUGAUUGUGGCAGCAUUUUUACCAGGAAGAUGGAAGAGAAAAACUGAAUUAGCAUCACUAAAACUACACCGACUAAACAUACAUGUUUAAAUUUGCUGGAUGCUCAGAUGCCAGGAUGAGGACUUUUAUUUGGUUGGGUAAAAUGUCUCCGGAUCUGUUCUUGGAUGGGAAGUAUUUGUAUGCACCAGACUGUGUAUACAACACGAAGAGGAGAAUCACCACAUAUCAAAAGAUGCCUCUAUCCACAAAAGGACAUUGUGGCAUCAUUUCGUAAAAUCACUGUACCAUUUUGUUGUCUGUGAUGGCAAAAAUGGCAAAGCAAAUAUAUUUUUCAGAAAAAUCCAGUGCACACAAGGAGAAAGACAGCUCCAACAUACAGUAGUUAGUUAAGCACACUUUACCAAACAGAUUUUAUUUCACAAUUUUGUUGUAUGCAAACUCAGUCAAGGCUUUAUGUGUCAAACCAAGAGGUAAUGACAUUGUCAAAUAAUAAAUGAAUGAGAAAUCACUGCAAUCUUCACAACAGAAGCCAUCAUUAAAGCCAUCUUAACAUUU